AUGACCCGAUUCCGCACGAAUUCGAAUUCCAUUCGAGAGGAGGAGAUCACAAUUGGGGUGAUCACCCAAAAGCAAGCUGCGCUGGAAGCUUGGCCCAUUGGCAUCGCCUUGCAGUCUUCUCAGGAGAAGAUCGAGUUUCUGCUGACGGUGCCACUCUUUCAGCGGCUCCCACAGGAUGAGCAUCCCGUCGUGGCUUCCGUUUGUGAGAUCUGCAGAUUCAAGCGGAUGGACCCCAUCAUCAGGCAGGGAGCACGGGGAGAAGAGUUCUUUGUGAUCAAGUCUGGGCAAGCAGACGUCUACGCGGCCGCCAAGACUGAAGGGAAGCAGGAGAAGAUCGCAUCUUUGAAGGUGGCAUUGCAUGGGAAGAAGAGCACACGUUGUGUACCGCACGUGAGGCGGGAGAUCACUUUGGUGAAGGUGCCUUGCUGCGAGGCUCGAACAUUGAGUGAAGCCGCCUUUUGCGAGCAAUGGCAUGAGUUGUGUGCAGAUGAGCCCCGCACUGCAACCAUCGUCGCGAUGCUCGCGCCCCAGUUGCAAUCGGCGCAAGGUUUUGGUGUUCUCUUCUGCAGGAGCGAGGUGCAAGCCCUGAAGAUCAAGCGCUCCGACUUCCAGGCGAGGGGCUCGCGGGACCCGACCGGGACCCGACCGGGACCUGACAGGGACCGGGACCUGACCGGGACCGGAGCGUUAGCUCAGUCGCUGGGCUUGCACAAGAAGCUGAAGUUUGGCCGGCGAGCAGCGGUGAGCUCCAACAAGCAGAGCUUCGACAAAGCCAAGGACACCAAGGCAAUGCGCACAAACGAGAACUUGUGGGUGAUUGGGAACUUGGAGGACAAGAUCCCAGCGAUGACUGCAGUGAUGUGGAAGGAGUACGUGAAAGCGGGGAAGAGGCUCAUUACGGAAGGUGACAUGGAGGCGGAUUUCUUCUACGUCGUGCAGGAGGGCAAGUUCGAGAUCACGGUCCGCGAGGAGCUGAUGCGUGACUGGCCCGCGACGGAACACUUCCCGUCCAUCUCCAAGAUCCAGUUUGAAGGCCCGCAAAGCAUCAAUCCCUUGGCCUUCAAGUACUACCAGCCCGAUGAGGUGAUCAUGGGCAAGAAGAUGAGGGAUUGGUGCAGAUUCGCAGUGGCCUGGUGGCACACCUUCAACGGGCAGAUGGGGACGGAUCCCUUCAGCAAUGUCAAGACGCAUCUGAGACCUUGGGAUGUAGACGCCUCAAUGGACACCUUCCUCACCCGCGUCGAUGUGGCGUUUGAAUUCUUCACGAAGCUCGGCGUGGACUACUAUUGCUUCCAUGAUGUGGACGUCGCCCCGCAGGGAAAAGACCUCAAAGAGUUUCAGGCAAAUCUGGACACCAUUUCAGACAAGCUGUUGAGCAAGCAGAAGGAGACCGGUGUGAAGCUGCUGUGGUCGACCCAGAACCUGUUUUCGCACCCACGCUACAAGGAUGGGGCUGCAACAGCACCCAACUUUGACUCCUUCGCCUAUGGCUGUGCGCAAACAAAAAAGAUGCUGGACAUUGGGAAAAAGCUGGGUGCAGAGACGCACGUCUUUUGGGGAGGUCGAGAGGGCUUUGCAACUGCCCUCAACACGAAGGUCAAGGAUGAGCUGGACCACAUGGCGAGCUUUCUGAAACUGGCCUUGGCCUAUAAGAAGAAAAUCGGCUUCUCGGCGCAGUUUACCAUCGAGCCGAAAGCGCGGGAGCCUACAGCACAUCAAUAUGACUACGAUGCCCAGACUGUCAUUGGGUUUCUGUACCAGCAUGGCCUUGAGAAGGACUUCAAGGUGAACAUCGAGCCCAACCACACCACACUGGCAGGCCAUGACUACGAGCACGAUUUGCGUAUGGCAUCUGCCCUGGGAAUGCUGGGAUCCAUUGACUGCAAUGCUGGCCAGCCAUACCUUGGGUGGGACACGGACGAGUUCCCAUCAGAUCCGAGGAAGUCGCUGCUGUCUAUGCUGAUUGUGGUCGAACAGGGGGGAAUUGCGCCGGGUGGCAACAACUUCGAUUGCAAGCUGCGCCGUGAGAGCACCGACAUCGAGGACAUGUUCAUCGCCCACAUCGGCGGCAUGGACUGCUUGGCCCGAGGCCUCAUUGGCGCCUGCAAGAUGAUUGAGGAGGGCCUUAUGAAGAAAGCACUGGAGACCAGGUAUUCUUCCUGGAGUAGCGCCUUGGCGAAGAAGGUGGCGGAGGGCAAAGCAAGCCUCGAAGAGGUCGAGGAGUAUGCGCUGAAGUCGCCAGAGCCGUCGACAUCAAGCGGCAAGCAGGAGUACUUGGAGCAGCUGAUCAAUCGCUACAUAUGAGCUGACACGAGCUGCAGUGCACUCUUGAGAUUUUAAUGUGUUCUAGUGAACUUCAUCUCUUGAAACAGUCACAAGCAUUAGGAUAGGAAUAGGAACAACAUGG